GGGUCGAGUCCCGCGGAUCACCGAACACCCGACCAACUGGACCGUCCCGAGGAACGACCCCGUCACGCUCAACUGCGACGCCGAGGGCAGACCCAAUCCUAAAAUCACCUGGUAUAAAGACGGCGCCCCUGUCAAGCCCUCGCCCCACCGGUUCAUCCUACCCACGGGCUCGCUCUUCUUCCUGAGGGUCUCCCAGAGCAAGAAGGAGAACGAUGCCGGGGUGUACUGGUGCGUGGCGAGCAAUAGGCUGGGCAGCGUCAAGUCUGCCAACGCCUCCCUACAGAUUGCUUUUCUCCGUGACGACUUCAGAACGUCACCGACGGGGGCGCGGGUGGUGGCGGGGGAGAGGGCGGUGUUGGAGUGCUCGCCACCCAAAGGUCACCCAGAGCCUCUUGUCUCCUGGACCAAGGACGGCCACACUCUGGCCCUAGACGACAGGGUGUACGUGAAGGAGGGCGGUGGACUGGUCAUGACAGAGACGCUACAGACAGAUGAAGGCAGCUACGUCUGCGUCGCCUCCAACCUCGUGGGCACCAGGACCUCGGCGGCUGCUAUUCUGGCCGUCCAGGUCCGACCAUUCUUCGUGCGCCUCCCGAGUGACGUGACGAGUGUGACGGGGGGAGAGGCGACGCUCCGAUGCCGUGUAGGAGGGUCGCCACGCCCCCACGUCCUCUGGAGACGCCACGACGGACGCAUGCAAGUAGGACGCGCGCGCCUGGAUGAUGACUCAUCCCUCAGGAUCAGCGACCUCACCGUGGAGGAUGCUGGCGUGUAUAUCUGCCAGGCCGAGAACGCCGUAGCCACCGUCGUCGCCAACGCCACCCUCACUGUCUAUGAUCCGCCACAGCUGGUGUCAGGACCAGUGGACACCUCCGUCAUCCUCAACACCACUGUACGUCUCCCCUGUUACGGGAGGGGCACGCCCCUGCCCACGCCCGUCUGGACCCACUCUUCCCUGCCACAGCAGCCUCUGGGCGCGGGGUGGGCGGGGGAGGACGCCCAUGUGGAUGAGGACGGGACACUGGUGGUGACGCCCGUAAGGCAGGCCCAGGGCGGCUCGUGGACCUGCUCCUUGGUGAGUGAGGCGGGCGCCGCCCACGCCCACGCCUGGCUCACUUUGGUCGCCCGCCGUCAUGCCCCACCACCCAUCAUCAGCGUCCCCCCUGCCAACCAGACACUGCCCGCCCGCACCCACGCCAUCCUCCACUGUCGAGCAAAAGGUCCUCCCACGCCCACUCUCACCUGGUACCGGGGGGCGGCGCCCGUCAGGUCAAUCAGUAACAGAAUCUCCAUCAGCAAGGCCGGCGACCUCACCAUCACCAGUCUGCACGAGACUGACAGUGGUCGCUACACCUGCGUGGCCGAUUCGUGGUCGGGGUCGUCGCAGAGGUCAGCGUCGCUGCUGGUGGUAGGUGGGGACGACCCUCAAGCUGCCCGCAGCUUCCGCCGGGCCCCCUCGCCCUCCGCCCUUCCAGCCCCACCCACACGCCCACGCAUCAGCGAUCUCACCAACGCCUCCGUGACGUUGGUGUGGGCGCCGCCACACACCAAUGGGGAGGCACCCCUACUGGGUUACACCCUGGAGUCUUACACAUCCACAGGGGAACACCGAGGGGGUCAGUGGCGGUUGGUGGCGAGAGGAUUAGCCCGCCCCCGCUAUACUGCCCCCCUGGAGGCUGGCCGUCCACAAGUGUUCGUGGUGCGGGCAGAGAACUCGCUGGGGGAGUCACCGCCCUCGCCCUGGUCGCAGGUGGUGAUAGUUGGUGUGGGCGGGGAGGUGGGUGAAGGAGGAGCAAUACACACCCGGGUGGAAACGCCACCUUCCCUGGUGGGUCGUCGUCUCAAUCUCACCGCCCUCAACACCCUCACCUCCUCCUCCAUGAAGGUCACCUGGCAGGUGACUGGUUCUGGCACACGCGUCGAAGGUGUAUACGUCCAUAUGCGACCUCGACGCUCUCUACACGCCCUUCACCUCGCCCCUCAAGUCGAGUCACCUCCCCAUUCCUCUUCCUCAUCCUUUUCCUCCACUUCCUCUUCCUCGGGAGACUACAUUGCCUGGGACACAGUGACGGUGAUGAACGCAGGGGCCUCCAGCUACGUGUUGACCAGCCUGACGCCUAACACGGAGUACGAGGUAUUCCUGGUGCCCUUCGUCAGGACGGAGGAAGGGCUGCCCACCGAGCUCAGGGUCAACACCACCCUCCCUGACGCACCAGCUGGACCGCCGCAGGAGGUUUCCGUUCACCUGGUCAACCUCACCCACGCCUCCCUCACCUGGCGACCACCUGACGCAGACCUCCAGCACGGCUUCAUCACCGGCUACCAGAUCCUAGCGUUCGUCAAUGGAAGUUCCAUCUUCCUCAACAAGACUGUCAAUUCCUCUACUUUCACCUACCAGUUGGCACCCCUCAUCCCAGGUCACAUCUACUCCGUCAGUCUAUCAGCGCAUUCCAAGAUGGGGGAGGGACCAUCCUCUCAACCAAUCAGGCUACAGACAGACCCAGCCUUGCUCAACCCACUAGCCAAUCGCCACGCAGGGUCAGAGGGCGUGGUGCGAGAGGCAUGGUUCAUCGUGCUGGUGGGAGGGGCCAUGUUCUUCCUCUUGAUGGUGUUCGUGGUUCUCCUCUACAUCAGGAGGUUCCACAACAAGGCCUCCAAGCUACCCACACUCAACGUUGUGAAUGCCGUCCCCGACUUGGAUGUUGGCGACAGAACACACCCGGAUUCACAACCUCGGGCCAUGUUGCUUUACGGGGAUUGUUCAGUGACCAAGACGAGCAACUUGGCCAACUUCUAUGGUGGAGAGAACCUGUGGCCCGAGUCUGGCUGGAAACCCUCCGACGGGGACAAACCCGAAGCCAAGGUAGUGAACGGUCGGGGGGCGCAGAACCGCAACCUCCUGGCCUCCCUAGCACCUGAAUACGCUGAGAUCGACUCCCUGGGCACCUUCACCGCCGGUAAGAAGGGCGAGAUGGACGUGAGCGCCGAGGCCUACGCUUCUGCAUCCAUCUUGGCGGCUUGUAACAACAGGAAGAAUAAGCAGGUGUCCGAGAAGUUCCUGUCGCUGCCGCAGUGUGUGCCGCUGUUGAAGGGCUCUCACCAUCAUCUCCAUCACCUGCAGGGACAGUCGCAGAAGCAGCAGCAGCAGCAGCAACAGCAGCAGCAGCAGCAGGACGAGUACAGUUGCAGACUCUCCAAGGACAUGCUCAACAACACCGACAACGAAGAUAAGUCAGUCACGGAGUCUAAGCGUCCAUUCUUCAUCGAGACGUCGUCACCAACGCUGCUAGGGUCGUCGAGCCUGUCGUUCACCAGCACGGGUGGCCCCAGGCUGACGUCCACCACCCUGAGUGGCCACCACCUGGCACGCCACACACCUAGCAAGGGCGGCGCUUCCCCCUACAGUGUCAACCCCUUCACCUCCCAGCCUCACCUUCUCCAUAAGGGUAUAGCGUUGACCCUGCGUGAUCUGGUGCCUCCCCCGCCCCCACAUCCACCGCCAGGCUCACACAGACACAGGGAAUUCUCCAGGACUAACACCCUUGAGGAGUUGCCCUACGCCUGCUACUCCUCCACACGGGUUGCUUCACCUCGGCCCUCCCGCACAGCCAGCCUGGAAGGGGGCGGCUCCCCCUACGGAGGAUCCACCAACACCUACCAGAGCAUCGACGGUCUGACUGACGCCCUUCGCCGGGACGAUGACCGCUGUUGCUCCCAUUCCUGUAGUCAUGGACAGUGUCACUCCCACCACAGCCACGGCCACGGACACUCCCAUGGCCGCUGCAGCACCUGUGGCUCCCGGAACUCGUCGGCGUCUGCUUGUCGUCGCAACAGUGGCCGCACCAGCCGCUGUGGACACGUACGGUCGGGCAGGACCUCGGGAGGAUCGCUACACUCCCUGGCACGACCUUGCUGCCAUGACCCCAACCGUAUCUCUCCCUAUGAGUCCACGGCACCCGCAAUCCCUUCCCACGCUUAUAGACCCAACUUCUACGGCUGGGCUUCUCCCCCAGGCUCUCCGGGGGUGGACGAUGGCAGGAUGGGGCCGCGACGGCAAGUGUCCCUCGAAAGUGAUGCUCUUCUGAGGUCCGACCAGACACAGGUGUAUGCUCCUGGGGGCUCAAUCCGCUCUGACGGCGAGUACUGGUGUAGUCGUGACGCCGCUAGCGUCUACGGGGGCUCAACGCGCUCUGCCGGUGGGGAGACAGGCGGAGGGUCGAGGGCGGGGCCACCGGGAACGUCCCCGGACUCCAGUGCCGUGGAGGGCGUCCCUAGUGACGCCAUAUCCUGCGGCUCCUGCGAGGAAACCGACGCGUCCUUUUACGCUGCAUGCGACAAGCAGACCAAAUUAUAAAUCCAUGUGCUCCUUGAAGCCAGGCUCAGUGCCGGGAACCGUGCCGGGCUGGAGCUGUGUUAUGCCAGUGUAGCGGACGAGGCAUCUAAGAACUCCAGUGUCAGUGAUGAAAACCCCUUAGUGUGUAGCUUUAAGAGUGGUGACACCCGGAAGGGACAAGACGCUGUCUGGCGUGACUCGGGUGAUUUGUGAACAUUGCACUGCCAGUUGCCAAAGCUGAGGUAAUAUAAUUACCCAGAACUGUGCCAUAGAAACUCUAUACGGGCAGCGCUGGAAAGGAUGCGUGACCACAAGGUGAGAAGGACGGCGAUGUUAUUACCUGAAGGACUCUCAGGUGGGCCUCACCUGGCCUGGGCUGGACGAGAGGCACACCUGGACCACAGGAAGAAGCUCAUUAUCGCCGGCCUCGUCACAAUACUCUUAGGGUAGGUGUGUCUGUAGUGGGCAAAAGAGGAUGUAAUCUCCUCUCCCCAGCCGAGCUUUAUCUCCCGCUUGUUAAGAAGGAAAAUGGAAAACUCUGAGGUAUACCAUGAUCUUCCUCGGAUGGAGGGAUGACGAUGUGCUCUCAACUUGUUAUGGAGCGGCGGCUUUAUGCUGUCAGCUGUUGAAUUAUGAGAGGAAAUUUUAAUCCAGUGGAAGCAACCCUCUGCACGCUGAGCCACGGAGGAAACUUCGUUGUCCACAGUAAAAAUUAUUGAGCUGUACCACCAGACGUGACCAUUGUCGUGAGCUUACGACACAGCAACUUCUUUGUGUUAUGCUUUAACGUUCGUAUAGUGAUUUACUUACCGCAUACGGUAAUAUCAUGAAUUUAUAUGGCAAAAGAAAAUAAAGUGAAUAAUAUUGAUAUUAUAAUUGUCCUGCCAUUCAUCAGAAAAUAGGAAUGCUCAUUAUGCCGUCACAACACCGAAAAGGCUUGCUGUGUCGUUAGCUCACAGCUUGCUGAAGGUUAGUAAACUCUCCCGAGGGUGACGCAGCAGCAGGUGUAGCGAGGGGCCCAACAGCUAAGUAAUUACGAAGCCCCACAGGUGACUAUGCAAAUAACCGGAACAGGGUGUUGAGUUGCUGCUGAGCCCAACUCUUGUCUUGUCUUACACUCAACAUAACACAAAAACUACACUUUUGAUGGUAUAUGUGUUUACCAUAUAGAAAGAGCAUUAUUUUUCCUAUACGUAAAGUUUGAUGGACGCCAGGUGAAUGCAUAAUGAUACAGAUAAAUGUUUUUAACAUUUUGACUGAUAUAUGUUGGGGGAAAAUGCACUCAAACCGCUCAAAACAUUCGGGGCUGAUGUUAAACAUUGCUAUGGUGACUUAAACGUUCUUCUGGGGAUGUUUACCUAAAAGAUGGUGUAUGUUAGAAAUUUUAUGUAGAACUAAAGUGAUAUACAACUAGAGGUUUUGUAAUAAGAGUGUAAUCGUCCAAAAGUGUGUUUUUUGUGUGAGUAUCGACGACAGGCAUUAAAAGGGCUCAGUCGGCACCUCCAUACAGAAUGUUUGAAUCAACUCACGCACUGUGUACAUAACUCUUAUUGUGGAUUUGGUUCUAGGAGUUCUGUUACUGCAUGGAUGGAGGUAACUAGAUGUAUUUUGCAAACAAGAUCUUGUGAAAGACUAAAUAUUUUCUCUAUUGGCCAGUUUGUACAUAGUGACUAGUGAUAUAAGGUAUGGAAGCUUACCCACUAUGCGAAUUUUGGGGAUAUGGUAGAUGGCAGACGUCUUCAGCUGGGGUAUAUGGCACUUGACUCGGUCUGUAAUAAUUAGGGUACUCGAAUGAUCAAACUAGGAUGUAGAAAUCUUUUGAUAUUACAGAAUAUAAUUUGAAAAUAAAGCAUUUCUAGUCAUUUGCCGUUGAUAAAGUAUAAUUGAUUAUAAAACUAAUGUUGUUAAGAGCUAGGAAUACCUAAAUCGUAAGCUUGUUUUUAUACAGACUUGUGAAUGUGUUCGUGCGACUCACUAGAGUUCUUGUAAUUCACGUAUACAUAGUAUAUCGAAAAUGUUGCAAAAAUGUCAAUUAUAUGCUCUAAUGCAGGUGUAAAUAUGGGCCAAAAGUCUUUUGUAAACUUGUCAUGUCCUCAACACUGCGUUACAGGGUGUCUAAAAAAGAUUUUCGUUGUUGGCAACCGGAAAUAAUUUUUUCUAGAAAUUCUGUGUACAAAACAAUCCCUCUUAGGUACUUAAUGUGUAAACGUGAUAUGAUAACAGCAGAAAAAACUCGUUUAUUUUGGAACAUUGAGCCGAAUGUAUGAGGUCAAAAACAAUUUCAUACUCCGUGUCUAAAGUUAAACUUGAUCAAAGUCCAACGAUGAUGUCAGUUGUAAGACAUCUUCACGUCUUUUGACUGGGAGUAUGUGGCAGAAACUUUGUCAUAAACAGACGGUUAAGCACGUCUCAUGUUUAUAACCAACAGGCCUAUUACAACCACUUCUGAUCAUGUCAUACACCCGUGGCCAGUUGACAAAUCCAGCCACACCCGUCGACGAAUGUAUGUCAUGUCAUGUCAUGUCAUGUCAGGUCAGGUCAGGUCAGGUCAAGUCAGGUCAGGUCACAUACCAGCAGCAAAUGUGAGGAUUGUGAUGUGUAAAUGAGAGUCAGUUUCUCUGCGUCAGUGUCACAGUGAAGUGAGUGACUCCUGCCUGAGAUCCAGUCAGGAUGUAAAACAGAUUGGAUUUUUUUCUAAUGACGAUUUCUUUCUUUAUGGCAGCGAGAGGAUGAAUUAUUAUGAUGUAACUAGUGUGGGAAGGAAGCCGAUCAUUAUUUUUAUCAAUAAUUAUAAACGUGAAUUAUAUAUAAACCGUAUUUAUUUUGGUAGAUGAAUGAUUAAGGAGCGAAAAAAAAAAAUACCGUUUCGUUAUAUAUUUAUGGUGUGAAAAUAUUCCACAACUCCAAAACAAGUGUCCGAACGCUGUGAAAAAUGUGACUCCCCCUUGACUUGGACUUUGGCAUCAAUAACAUACAAACACCAACAGGAUUUUUGUUUCCCCUAUGGACGAAUUUUUUUUUUUACUUUGCUGUUAUCACAUUUGUUCUUCGUUGCUUCUCUCCCUCGUUACCCUCUCCCCCUUUACCACCACCUGUUUGUUAUUAUGAAUUUCCCGCAGGUGCUCGUUACCCAAAGGUAGUUGGGGUCAAACGAGCCUGCCGCCAGACCUAUCACUUGCUCACACAGAUUCGAACACCACGUAGCUCCCUGACUCUCUCGUUGACAUUUUGUUUUUCUUACAAGUCAUUCAUCCCCGAUUAAGUGUGAAAAGAUGUUUGUAAUGUCUUCCUAUACGCCUCUCUCUCUCUCUCUCUCUCUCUCUCUCUCUCUCUCUCUCUCUCUUACCCUCCAUCCCGACAACUUCUUUCAUCGCCCUUCCCCUUUCCAAUUCUCCUUUUCCUACUGCUCCCCAAAUUAUUUCCCUUCACUCUAUACGACUUUUCCGCUAUCGUUCUCUUUCAAUUUCCCCUUUUUUUUUUCUUUUUAUUCCUCUUUCUUUUUUUUCUGGCCAUCUACUUCUCACUUGUGUUUAUCCAAUGAGAUAAUCCACAUGCAGAGAGAAGAGAGAGAGAGAGAAGAGAGAGAAUGAUUACCAUCUUUACCUCCACCUGUUGAAGCCUUCCUCCGCCACCUGACCAGAUGAUGAAUGACUCCCUCCCACAGGACCCAAAAAAAAAAAUAAAUAAAUAAAAAACCCUUCCCAGAAUCCCUUUCCACCAUUAAGGCAAGAUGUGAAUAACUUUUCCCUUUCCAUUUCAUUCCAGUUCGUGUUUUCAGUAUUUUUGUUUUCAGAGUCAGAAGCUCGUGGACGUAGCGGUGUAAAUAAUGUAAAUAAAAGUAGUCUUACCCCACCCACCCCCCCCUUCCCUUGUCUACCACCUCCCCCCAUACUCCUCCACCAACCUACCUUUCCUUCCCCUAACCUCAUCUAUCCCCCCGCUUCCCACUACCCGUCCUCUCCUACCCUUCCCCUCCUUUGAUCCAACCCUCCCCGUCCCAUAUUCCCACCUCCCUCCUGGCUUCGACGUGUGGCAGUAGAUAUUGCUCCAUUGUUGGGUCGGUUCCUCCACCACCACCUCCCCCAGUAUGUCGAUAUUACCUCUCUUGUCAACAGUCCAGGACCCUGAUUCUCAAAGUUUCGUUCGUAGAUAAAAAAAAAAGACACCUCCCCCCUAACUGAAGAUAAGAUAACACAUCAAGGUCUAUCCAAUAGUGUGCCAGUGUGAUUUAUGCGCCAUUUUGGGCUGGUAACUUCGUGUGUGUGUAUGUGGAAGCUUCAGUAAGGUCAGUUAGACGCGCUCUCACAUAACCAGCUGGAAGGAAGGCCGGGGACAUUUUUUUUUAACUCUCGAAUCUCUGGGAAUCUGGAGCCAGAAUAGUGAACAACUAAACAGUGGGUGAAAUGUGGAUGUAAAUUUGGCGUGUGUGUUUUUUUUUCUGAACUAUGUCUCUAGAGAGGCGUUUUGUAUCUACCCUUUGUAUAUGUAGAAGAGCUUAGGAGACCCUCUCCCAAUAAAUAUACACGGGCGGGGUACGAGGUUUUCACCCUUAUGUCAGCCCUUCAUAGAGGUGUCUGGUGAUAGAUGAAAGACUUUAGAAAAUAUUUAACAGCAACAAUAAUAAUUAAUAAUGUUACCAAUUAAAUUUAUAUGGAAUGUAAAUAGAUACAUACACAGGAGAGGUAAGAAAUGACAUGAAAAUAAGACAGAAAAGAUCAAUGAAGAUAAAUGGUGUCAGGAGGAGAACGGAAUAGAACCCCACAAUAAGCAUGAUGUUGAAACGACAAAUAAAACGAGUCUUGGAGACGCCUGACAAAAGGGUGAGAGUCUGGUACACCGUCUUAAUAGCCUCAUUAGGUGAGGACCAGCUACGGUUUGUACGUCUAGAAUGGUGUUUUGUGAAGGACAGAUAGAUGUAAAUAUACUAUUGUUUACAGUA